AUGAGCUUGGCUGUUAUUCUUAUCCUACCAUGUCCUCUGAUGAGUUCAACCCGAACGGCAUCUCCAAACUCCACAGCAUAUCUGGGCUCCACGUUCAUUCAGGAGGCAUUAAGACAGGCUAUAGAGCUGACAGAGGCUGCGUACGCUCGCACCAGUGAGAGAGUAAAGAUGUCGUUGUCUGAGGGUUCUGUGCGUCCCAGUGACCUGCUGGUCCAGUUUAAGCAGACGGGCUAUCGGACCAGAGCCCAUAUCAGAGCCGCAGAGCUGCUGGACAACACUGUGGAGCUGAUCAGAGAGAUGGUGUACACACACACACACACUACGAGCCAGACCAACCUCACAGAGCUCUUCAGUGUGGAGGAUAUGGAGAAUCUCUUACAGUCAACAGGCUGUUCUUCAGAGACUCAGACCCCAGUGUGUCAAUCAGAUUGUCUGUCUCAGAGAUACCGCACCAUCUCAGGACACUGUAAUAACAGACAGAACCCUCUAUGGGGGGCAGCCAACACCCCAUACACUCGCUGGCUCCCCCCACAGUAUGAAGACUCGUGGGGAGCCCCCAGGGGCUGGGACCCCCAGUACACCUACCACGGUUUCAGUCUGCCUCCUGUGCGUGCCGUGUCUCAGGGUGUUUUGUAUACUCAUAAUGAGAACAUUUCUCUGGAUGUUUCUUUCUCUCACCUGCUGGUGGAGUGGGGUCAGUGGAUCGAUCAUGAUUUAGCCCUGACCCCUCAAAGUCCCAGCAGCGCCGCCUUUAGGACCGGAGCAGAUUGCACCCUUACCUGCAACACAGACACACCCUGUUUCCCUAUACAGAUCCCUCUCUCUGACCCACGGAGGCGUGUCCAGAGUUGCAUGCCAUUUUUCCGUUCUGCUCCGAGCUGCAGGGUGGGCCCGUUGCCAUACCAACGGCGUGAGCAGCUGAACGCCAUCACCUCGUUCGUGGACGCCAGCAUGGUGUACGGCAGCUCGGACUCCCUGGCCCUCGCCCUGAGAAACCUGUCCUCCCCGCUCGGCCUGCUGGCUCUCAACCAGCAGCACUCAGACCGCGGACUUGCCUACAUGCCCUUCCUGCCCCGCAGGCCCCCUCACCUGGACCCCUGCGGCCCACGCCCAGGGAACAACGCCAGUCGGCCGGAGACAUCGCACAACCGCAACACGGAGGCUGAGAACAUGACCUUCUGCUUUCAGGCUGGAGACUCACGGGCCAAUGAGCAUCUGGGAAUGAUUGCUCUGCACACAUUGUUUUUGAGAGAACACAACCGAUUGGCUAAGGAACUGCAUCAGAUCAAUCCUCAUUGGAGUCCUGACACACUGUACCAGGAAGCCCGGAAGAUACUAGGUGCCAUUCACCAGAUCGUGUCGUGGGAUCACUACCUGCCGCGGGUAUUGGGGGUGAGAGCCCACUCUGAGCUGAUGCCUGACUACACAGGUUAUGUUCCCGAUGUGAACCCCAGCAUUGCUAACGUCUUCUCUGCCGCCGCCUUCCGCUUCGCCCAUGUCACCGUGCAUCCGGUGGUCAACAGACUGGGCCCCGGUUACCACGACAACCCCGAAUAUCCCGCCCUGCCUUUACACCACUCACUCUUUGCCUCCUGGAGGGUCAUACAGCAGGGUGGUAUAGACCCUGUCUUGCGGGGGCUGUUGCUGUCUCGGGCGAAGCUGCAGAAGCCGGGUCAGAUGAUGGUGGAGGAGCUGACGGAGCGGCUGUUUCAGACAAAGGGUGGUUUGCCCUUUGACCUGGGCUCUCUGAACCUGCAACGGGGCAGAGACCAUGGCCUUCCCGGUUACAGCGCCUGGCGUAAUCGGUGUAAUCUCUCGGUCCCUCAUAAUGAGUCUGAGCUGGCGAUGGUUCUGGAUAAUCCGGUCCUGGCCCGUAAACUGCUGGUUCUGUACGGGACACCACGGAACAUAGACGUGUGGGUGGGGGCCAUUUCAGAACCAGCUGGGCCUGGGGGCCGUGUGGGGCCUCUGCUGGCCUGCCUAUUGGCCAAACAGUUCCGCGCAGUCAGAGACGGAGACCGGUUCUGGUGGGAGAGAGAGGGGGUGUUUAACAGACAUCAGAGGGAAGCUCUGCGUUCUGUGUCUCUGUCCCGUAUCAUCUGUGAUAACACACACAUCCACUUCGUACCUGCUGAUGCUUUCGCACGCACACUCCACCCUGAGGACCUGCUGCCCUGCACACAUCCACGCAUCACGCCCCUCAACCUCACUGCCUGGAGAGAGCCUGACACAGACCCCAGAUGUGGCACUGUUCCCAGGUUGCUGUUGGGUUUCUCUAUGCUGUGUGACAAUUCAGUGCUCUAUCAGUGUCCCUCUGGCUACCAGCUCCAUGGAGCCACACACAGCAAGUGUGACCCCAGCACAAACCAGUGGACCCCAAAACCUCCCAUCUGUAAAGAUAUAGAUGAGUGUGCGAAUAGGCCCUCUGUCUGCCCCCAAGACAUGGAGUGUCAUAACAUGCCUGGCUCCUUCACCUGUACAGAGCCCCACCCACCACCCCUGUCAGUGUCAUCUGUUGUUGCCGCGGUGAUGGCAGUGUUGUGGGGCGUGGCUACAGUCAUCCUGAUAAUGACCUGUUAUAAAAGGUUUUUCACUGAGAAACAGGAGUCCGUGUCCAGAGCAUGCUGUCAGAGGAACAGCUGA